AUGUUUAGGUCAGUGAACGGAAACUACCGAGCUGGCUUGUUCUCACUAGGUGAGAUCACGUCAGGAGCAGAAAUAACCAUUGAUAUGAAUGGCUUGUUACCGGUGAGCCGAAACUGCCACUGUGGUCUGAGCGAUUGUCGCAAACGGCUUGUCAUGGCGCGCAACCCGCCGAUUGCUUCUGCAAGUGAUCUGUCAAUCAACGAAGAACGUGUCGUUCGCAAAAAUCACUUGUUUUUGAUUCGCAACCGGCAGAGCAGCAUUAUCCGAGCCGGCGCUCAUGGUGAGUACUACUCUGGGCAUUAUUAA